AUGACCAAAAUCAUAUUAUUUUUAACUGUUUUAUAUUUUUGCUCUAGUUUAAUUCUGGCCGAUGUUCCCUAUUUGAUGUUUAUGGAGGGGGAAAAUGCCGAAAUCUGGGUGGGAACAUCGAAAAAUCUCAAAAGAUCUGUUGGGAUCAACAAACCUAUUCAAGUCUAUCGACUUUGCAAUGGGAACAAUAAGAAGACUUGUGGCUAUUGGGAGAAUACCAAGGUAACAUUUCAGGCGGGCUUAUACUAAUUAUAGAAUUUCAGAACAAGAAAAAGGUUGUGAAGGCUCCAGUGACCAGAAAGAAGGGCGAGGGAUACAUAGUUCUUCGAAAUGUGACUACUGCAGAUUCAGGAAACUAUUAUAAUGGGGAUGGAAUUUAUUUUCAAGUUCAAGUUAUGGCACCGUAUGUUCCACCCCCAGCUUCAUAA